AUGGUAUAUGCAAGUGAUGUUGCGAGUAUAGUCACUACAAGAAUGGAUAUAUACACUUUUACAAAACUUUGUAAAAUUCUUGAAAAUAGAGGGGGGUUAAGUAAUAGCAAAAAUAUGUUAGUCGAUGAACAAGUAGCUAUGUUUUUACACACACUUGCACACAAUGAAAAAAAUCGGAACAUAGGUAUCAUGUUCAAAAGGUCUGGUGAAACUAUAUGUCGGUAUUUCAAGUUAGUGCUAAAAGCGGUAUGUCGAGUACACAAAGAGUUUUAUAAAGAACCGGUACCAAUUCCAGACAAUGAAAUAGACGAGAGGUGGAAAUGGUUUAAGGGUUGUCUAGGAGCAUUAGACGGAACAUAUGUUAAAGUUAGGGUCCCAGCUAGUGAUCGAAAACCUUAUCGGUCCCGAAAGGCCGAUAGUCGGGUACUUCGAGAUGCUAUUAGUAGGCCAAACGGUCUUAAAGUACCUCAUGGAAAUUACUACCUUUGUGAUGCCGGUUAUAUGAACUGUGAAGGUUUUUUAAGUCCUUAUCGAGGUCAACGGUACCAUCUUAAUGAUUGGAAUCAUCCGCCUACAACUGCAAAAGAAUUGUAUAACAUGAGACACGCACAAGCAAGGAAUGUAAUUGAGAGAUGUUUCGGGUUGAUUAAGAAUAGAUGGGCAAUUUUGCGUGAUGUUUCAUUCCAUCCACAUGAUUCCAUGUCACAAAUAAUAAUUGCUUGUUGUUUGAUAAAUAAUUUCAUCCGUGCAACAAUGGCAGAAGACCCUAUAGAGCACGAAGUGCCAAUUAAUCAUACACAACCUAUAAAUGAUCACGAUAAUGUUAUUACAACCGUGGAGACUUCACAAGUGUGGAGUGAUUAUAGGGAUAAUCUUGCAAACGCAAUGUUUACUGAAUGGAAUGCAAGGCGCGCUCAUUAG